AUGUCAAACAACACGAGUCCAUCAAUUCAAACAUUACCCGUAGAAAUACUGCAUCGUAUUUUUGAUAGUCUUGAUGCUCAAACAAUUUUAUUUUCAAUUCAACCAGUAUGCCGAUUAUUUCGAGCAAUGGUCAAUACUUAUGAUCGGUAUUUUUUGGAUUUUAAGUCAAUAUCAAAGUCAAAUUUCCAUCUAUUGUGCCGUUUAAUCAAUCCUCAAAAUGUUAUAUCAUUAAGACUUUGUGAUGAUGUAUAUACUCCAAAUCAAAUUGCUUUAUUUAUUUCAUUGGUUCGUCUUCGACAAUUUACUCGACUUCAUUCAAUAACGUUUUUUGGUAUUGAAGAAUUCCAAUUGAAUAUGAUUUUAAAACGUAUCAAUUUAAAUUUAUUGAAUUCAUUUUCAUUGAAUAUUCGAGAAUAUGAUAAUAGGCGAAGAAACACAACACUAAGUUUUCUUUCCUCAAUUUUAGCACAAUCCAAUCUUCGAAAUGUUGAACUGAAUAUAAGAAAUGAUCGAAUAUCUAGUACAUUAUGGCCUGCCACUUCUAGGAUCGAAUAUUUAAUUAUAGAUUCAGAUAUUAGUUUUCACAGUAUAUUCACUAUUCUUUCAUGUUCUCCACAACUGCACACACUCAUUUUGAAACAAAAUUCACCAACUUUAAUUGAGAAUAUGAAACAGACAUAUUCUUUUCCACAAUUAAUUUCAUUGACUAUAGAAAACCUAGAUGUUAAUAUUGAUCAACUUGAAUCAUUUGUUUUCCUAAUGCCAUCACUUAUCUAUCUAAAAUUAAUAGGUCAACAAUAUGUAUUUGAUGGGAAGCGAUGGGAACAAUUUAUUCAAAUAAGUCUUCCUAAUUUGAACAAUUUUGAAUUUUUCAUUGAUAUUUCAAAUUCAAUUAGUCAAACUCAAGAAAAUCUUCAAUUAAUAAUUGAUUCAUUUCGAAGUCCAUUUUGGAUUGAAUAUAAAAAAUGGUUUGUAGCCUGUCAGUAUACUCCUAGUUAUCCAUAUACGACUCAAAUAUAUUCGAUACCAAUUUGUAAAUCUAUUGUUCAAUAUGAUGUGAAUUCAAAAAAUAUAAAUCUUUCUAAUUCGACAACGUUAUUGACCUAUGAUCCAUUAACAAUAAAGAAUAUUAAUGAAAUUGUUUUAUCACUGGGCUCCUCGACAUAUGAAAAUACGAGAGAAAAAUCAUCAAGAAUCAAUGUUAUGUUUUCUAAUGUAACUAAAAUUCAUGUAAAACUUGAUAACAAACCUCCUUUGGAUUCAUUAGAAGUUCUUACUAAAGUAAUCGAUGUUUCGAAAUUGGUUGAAGUUAAAUUACAAAUCCGCUAUUUUAAACAAGAUAUUCAAAAUCUUUUGUUUGAAAUUAUUUCUUUUCUCGAACAAGCGUAUUCUCUUUCGUCUUUGAUAUUUUAUGGAAAUUACUAUAAAGGCGAAUUGUAUCCAUAUGUGAAGCAUAUAUGCUCAAUAAUUCCACGCCAGAUCAAGCAUUUACAAAUACCGAUCAAUCAAUUAGAUCAAAUCGAAGCCAUUUUGGAACGAUGUCAAAAUCUUUCAGUUAUACAGUUUGAAAUAACACGUUUGAAAUUUUCUCAAGAGGUCGUUGAUUGGUUUAAUCAACAUACUAUUGAUUCAACAAUUCAAAAACAUGCUAGAUGUAAUAUUAUAUGGAUUGGAAAGAAAAUAAAUCAUAUUACGGAUAAUCAUAAACGAAUUAAGUUAGAUGAAAAUCAAUUGGACUCUUAA